CGUGUGCAUCGUGUCUUCCGUCCGAGUCGUAUUAGUGGCACUUACGUAGUUACCAUCGAUGUUUUAAAAACACGUUUUUACCGGUGUAUUUUUAUUUUGGUCGUCUUCUCCCUUAAAAAAAAAAAAAAAUACUUUAGAACCUCGUUGUCGUUAACGAGUAGAGAAAUAAUAAGAUAUAUUAUGAAAUACUUAUUUAUAAUAUAUUAAUAUUGAAUAGGUAACACGGUUGCAAAUAAUUGUGCCGCCUUCGGAUUGUUUAUUUUUAAGUUUCAGUCACCCGACGGUGUGUUGUGAGUGUGUACCACGUGUUGUAAAGUCUUGUCUCACGUCUCGUUUGCGUACGGUCUUUUUUUUUUUUUUCAUGACGCCUUCUGGUUAACGAACGUGCAGUGCAACGACUUAAUGAUAGCUUGAAAACAAACAUUGCUCGUAUUCAGAUUAUAAGUAUAUAAUUAAAAUACAAAUUGAGAAUUGUUGAAGAAACCUGAAAAAAGAAGCGGGAAAUGGCCGCAAAGGCGGCUGCUGCGACGACGACAACGACUGCGGCGGCUCGGGACACGGUCGUAUUGAGCGUACGUCAUUUUCGUCGAAAACGAGUGGGACGUCGGCCGUGGCCAUCAUCGCCGUCGGCGGACGGAUCGUCUUCGCGAGCGGAUCGCCGACAAAACCGGCUCGCCGGCGCGGUGAAGCCGGCCACUGCCGAGAUGGCGGCGUGAUGGCGUCCCACGGCGAACACGAAACGGCCGUGGCCCGGUCGCGUCCGUGCGCAUGCGCGCCCCUGCUGGCCGUCGCGCUGGCCGCGGUGCUCUUGGCGGCCGCUUCGACGGCGGCGGCCGGCAACGAGGCGGUGGACGGCGGCGACGACGGCGUCGCGGUGCACCGGUGCGGCACGCCGCCCUAUCAGCCGCUGGUCGGCACCAAGGGCGUGAUCACCACGCCGAGAUUCCCCGGGCCGUUUCCGGUGCCCAUCGAGUGCGAAUGGGUGAUCCAGGCGGACGCCGCCGCCGCGGACGCCAUGAUGAUCGAGGUGUACUUCACGCAGCUGUACGUCACCGACGGGCUGACCAUCACCGAGUACUCGCAGUACCCCGUCGACUUCGGCUUCGUCACCGUGCGCGAGGUGUUCAACAAGUCGCACAUCACGCAGUACGGCCAGUCCAUGCUGUCCACGUUACCGUACCUGGUCAUCCGGUUCCAGCUGGACCGGUUGCAGGGUAACCACAUACGCGUCCACGACGACCUCAUGGACGUUUACGGUUUCAACAUCACGUACGAGAUGAGGCCCGUCGGCAACGAGCGCAGCGACGUGUGCAGUCUGUACCAUUGUUCGUACUCGGGCAACUGUCUGGGUAACGCCGACCUCACAGAAUAUAAAUGCUCAUGUUUUCCUGGAUUUUCUGGUGAGGAUUGUGGAUAUGGCCCGAUUUGCAAGAUGAACAAUACAGAUUCCUGUGAGAAUGGUGGAGUUUGCAGACAUGUCGGUCGGUCGAUCGCGAUAUGCAAUUGUCCUGCCGGAUUCACGGGCGGAAAAUGUGAAGUACCCGUGGUCAACGUCACUGCUGAAUGUGGUUCAUCUAGCAUUUGUAUUCAGCAAUGCAAUAUUAACAGAGAUAUUAUUGAUACAACUACUGAUGGUCCAUGUUCUUGUAAUCUAUACAAAAAUCACUCAACGCCCAUAGAUUCAGUAAGAUAUCAUGCUGCUAUUAAAUUAGUGAACAUAUCAGCUAUUUUAGAUGAAAACAUCAAUGAAUAUUUACAACUAAAAAUUCUAAAAUAUUUCAGAAAACACUUGAAAUUACCAGCGAACUCACAUGAACCAUACGAUUUAAGAAUUACAUCGAUUUUACCCAAAACUGGAGAUGUACAUUUUGAAUUUUAUUCACGUAAAUCGGAUCAGAAAAUUGUACAAGACUUACUAAACCAUAUGAUAUCAAAUGGUUCUCUCGGAUCUGGGACUAUACCAUUGGUAAAAACGGCGCUAUCAUUUCAGCAAGAACCAUCGUUGUGGUUAAAUAAAAUGGACGUGAAUAAAAAUCGAGAUUCCAUACCCGAAGGAGAACCUUUCAUUAUAUCAUGCAUAGCUCAAGGACCGUCAGAUAUGCAGUUCAAAUGGUUUAAAGAUGGAAUCCCAAUUAAUACGUUAAUAUCAACCAGAAACAUUUGGACAAAAGUCAAAAAGAUGGAUAAACCCGAUUAUAAGUCUUCAAUGUUAGUAAUCGAACACGCUGACAUCUUGGACUCUGGGAAAUUUACAUGCCAGGUGUCAGACCAUUCUUACCAACAAUGUCAAUCAGUCGCACUAACCGUAAUCCCUCUACCAGAAGUCAUAAUGAAACCGUCCGUAACGGUUAAGCCGGGUGACAACGUGACGAUUAUGUGUUUUUUAAAAAACGAAUUUACGAAAUUUGGGAAUACGUGGCUAGAUAGUGAUAUGCGUUUGGUAAAAAUCGACAAGAACGUAUACUGGGAAGACUUACAUCGUGGAGGUAGCGUGCUGUACGUGAAGAACAUAACGUCGUCAGCCGAGUACAGAUGCGAAGCUUCUAACCGGGCUGGCAGCCGUAACGCCACUGUGUACGUAGACGUCCUUAACACGAACGUGAUGGCACAUUGCGAUGCGGAUGGAGUGUGGCCGUUGACCGGUGCCGGGAAAUCGGCGUCAUCGGAAUGUCCGAAAAAUAGGUCAACCAGUUACGCGUCACGUACGUGCGUGCUAACCGCCGCCAACCGAACCGAAUGGCAGAAAGCCGACUAUUCGGGGUGCGCGCCAGAUGACCUAAGCAAAAUCACAAUGAUCUUUCGUAAGAAAACAUUGGGUUAUGAUAAGGUCAACGUAACGGCCGCGAAAACUUUGAGUUCGCUGUACAGCGAACUUCACACCACCGCUAAAUGGUAUCCGGGCGAAGGUGAGCCUGUCAUCGAUUUCCUUGUGUCUGUCACGUCGUACCUACAAAAAUCCUUCGAUUUGGCUGACCUAGACCAAACUUCUGAUAGCUUUGACAAUAUACUAAGGAUGCUGCUGGAAAACGAUUCGGUGGUUAAUGAAAAGAAAAUUGUUCAACUUCUGGACAUGAUCGAAACGUGGACGUUGUUGAAAGCGUUUUACUUGUUCAGCAACAAAGAAACUAAACAGUACACCAACCAGAUCGAAAAUAUAUAUGUGGCGUCGGCCUCGGAAGUAGUGAAAAAUCAUAGUAGAAAUAUAACGCACAGAUUUUAUGACAAACAAAUCAUUAGGUCCUCACAACAACCAAAAGUAAUCGUUUCCAUGUGCGACGUUCAAAUUGACAAAUGGAUUAACAAAUCGUUCAAUGUAGGAGUCACGACAUUCAAAAAUUUAUCUGAGUUUUUUCCGAGAAAAUAUUACAUUAGCAAGAGCAAAGAUGGAGAGAUCGAGUACAACGUUAUGACGCCACUGGUGUCGGUUACCGUGGCGCAAGACGGACAACGGAUACGCAAACACUUACCGACUAUUGUAACCGAGUUGGAGUUUGACCUUACGUUACCGUGGUUGAUAAACGGCACUUGGAAUGUAACAUGCGUGACCACAGCCAGACUAACCGAUCACCAGUGGGACAUGUCGUCCUGUCGGGUAGUCGGGUCACCAUCGUCUAACGUUACCCGUUGCCACUGCCCAUCAGCCGGUCUGUUCACCGUACUCGCUAGAGUGGUGCCCCUGGACGAAGGAGGUCAAAGUACUUCAAAACAAGAUGUGAUUAUUGUGUUCGGGUGUGCUUGUUGCCUGGUGCAAUCAGCGAUGUCUCUAAUGCUGCUGGUCACUCAAUGGGUUAAACACCCGACGUGCAUUGUGUACUUAAAGAUACAGCUGUGUUUCGCAAUUAUAAUCCAGAUGUGCAUGUUUCUGUACGCAACGAAAAAUAACGACUAUGGAUUUUUUUCGCUGUACUUGCAAAUAGUGACCCUAGUAGAGAUAACGUCGCACUUGAGUCAGUUGCUCAUCGUCUACACAGAGAUAAUUAGCUUCCCGCAGUUUUCCAAUAUUAAACUUCCAAUUAUUGGUGUAGCGACAACUGCACCCGUAUUAUUUGUGCUCAGUAUUAUGUUAAGUCUGAAUAUUAUUGGCGCUAAGCCUAUUCGGCCAUGGUGGUCAUGGGAAAACUCUGCAUUUAUCUACAUUUAUUUAAUAAUCUUCGUACUGCUCAUGAUUAUGUACUUAUCAGUAUUAACAAUCACCGUACCCAAGUUGAAAUUUAUAAAGCAGAAACUUCAACGGAACACACCAACCAGCAUGAAAAAAAGAAUGGGACUUAUAAUCAGAUCAGUAGCUAUCCUGUUAACCGUAAUCGUAACGACCGUUUCCAGUAUCCUACACAUAAUCUACAUGGGAGAUUUCACCAAAUAUUUUUUCAGUUCAUCAUGUGCCAUACAAGGGUUCGUUGUAUUGUAUUGCUACGUGUUGCACUCGGAAGAUCCAUUUGAUUUGAGGACCGUUUACAGAUCAAAAUCAUCACAACAACAAUCAUUCGAUGAUAACCAUUCGGAUUCUGCCGGAAGUCCAUUAAAUCAUUUUUCUAAGAACACUAUAGAUUAUGAGAUAAAACAAUCAAUAAAGAGUGAUAUACUGGAAAUAACAGAUAAUCCGCAAGAGUAUUUUAUCACACAAGAAAAACCAGUAUCGAUUGUCAGCAACCUUACUAGCUCGUUAAAAAAACUUGAUAAUAAUACUGAGCCAAAAAAGUCUGUGACAUUUCGUCAUGACUUAAUAACAGGGUGCCAUGAAAAGUCAUCCGAUGGUCACGACACCGACAGUGGUUGUGGUGGUUACUGUGGCAGUGGAGACAAGAGUUGUUGUUCAUACCGGAACAACAGCAGAUCACCAUUAUUGGAGACGACGGUUACCGAUUCUGCAGUCAUGGUAGACGAUUGGCAACCUGUGGACAUCGUGGAUGCCUCACAGCCGACUUCGAUAGCACCACUACCGGCCGGCAGCGACACUUCUAUAAGGUGCGUUGUACAACCACCGCCCGACAUGUUGGCCACGCACGUGUGCGUUGAAGUCGGCCUGGUUAAACAGCACGCCACCGCCGCAGAUGAGUCGCCGACAAUCGUCGUGUGCAGUGUGGAUGUGGAACCUUGUCGGCAGCCCCAUAUGCUGUUCAUGUCCGGGGUGACUGAUAAAUCGUCGUCGACUACGCCCGAGCUUCCCGAUGUCUCUGGUGGUGAUAGUAACGACGAUGACGUUCUGGACCGAAUAUCGCAAGACUUGGACUAUCUGCUGAACCGGAAUAACGUUACAAACUCGAAUUUGGUCGAUUCGGAUGGCAAUGGUGAUGCUGAUCACAACCAUUAAAAGAAAACCAAAGACCUGGCCUAACUCUAAGUCCACAAGACUGUGUUCAAAGGCAUUGAAGAAACUUUAAACGCCAAUUCAAACUAUAUCCGAACAUACCCCCCCCCCCCACCAAAUCACACUCACGCUGAACGGUGAACACGUUUUUGGUUACCGUUUACCACGAAUUUAUACAUUUAUUUACAUAUGAUUAUUAGUUAUACAUUAAAUAGUAAUUAUUUAUAUUUUUUUUUUUCAUGUUACAAAUUAUAUAUUAAUUUAAAUAAUAUUUGUACACAAUAUUAUAUUAUCAUUACAUUAUUAAUACGUUCAUUGUUUGAAUACAUUAUUACUAUUACUAUUAUUUUGAUUAUCAUAAGAUUGUAAUGUUUUGUGUACAGGUAAAGAUAUUAUUAUUAUGUGUAUUCUUUUUUUUAUUUUUAAUAAGAAUCAUCGUAAUGCCAUAAAUACGAUGAUUUUUCGAAACAAAAUGUUAUAAAAUUUAAUAUUGCCAUUCGUACUUUGUAAUAUACCAUUUACAAGCUGCAGUAUAAUACACGUACAUAUAUAAUAUUAUUGUGAUUUAUGUAUUACUAUUAUUAUUAUUAUUAUUAUUAUUAUUAUUACACCAUGGGUCGUAUAUUAUGAAACACAAUUGUUUGUGGACUUUUCAUAGUUUUUAAACAGAAGUGUAUUUUUUGUGCACCCAUACUUCAACCGUAAUUACUUAAAUGUACCACAAUUUUAUUAUUCCACAACAGGAACCAAAAUAAAAAUACUUAUAAAAUGGACAACACUAAUGUGAGAUAUUGAACGUUAUUAUUGGUGAACUCAAUUUUCAAUUAUUUUUUCAAAAAGACAAUAAAUUUUUAAAUCACCUGUAUUUGUAAUACGUAUAAAUAUGAAAAAAAUAAUAAUAAUAAUACCAUAUUUGUACAAAUUCAAUUGUAUUUAAUAAACAAACAAAACAUAUUUA